CGCGGCGCCUGCGUGAGUGCCGAUGAAUCGCGUGGACCAACAUCAUCGGCACUAACGAUCCGACGAUCGACUCUCACUUGAAACAGUCGUGGCUUUGCCUUCGUGGAUCACGCACGCGUUCAUCUCGCUUCGUGCAAGGACCAGCGGCGCCCUGUCACCCAAACCCAACCAUUAGGAAUUUCUUGUAUCCGAGGGCACACCAGCGAUUCCUCGAGCUGCGAUAAAAUGACGAGACACCGAAGCCUCCUGUGGCUCGCGCUGACCUGCGUUUGCUUACUCGAGCUCGCUGCAGCGGAGGUCCAUGCACCGUUGGUGAAAAUAAAAAACGGAACGUUGUCGGGGCUGAUUAUGAAAACCAGACACGGCAGAGAGUUCACGAGUUUCCGGGGAAUUCCUUAUGCGCUACCACCUCUUGGAGAACACAGAUUCGAGCCGCCGAAGCCGUCGAAACCGUGGACGGGAGUUCGAUCUGCUCGAGACGACGCCAACAUCUGCACCCAGAGAAACAUCUACACUUAUCAGGAAGAAGUAGUCGGCGACGAAGACUGUCUUUAUUUGAACGUUUACACGCCGAAGUUGCCUACGAAGAGUGAUGAAGUGAAAGGAGGCUAUCCCGUUAUGAUUUGGUUCCACGGUGGCGGCUGGGUUUGUGGCGCCGGCCAUUCGGAGUACUACAGUCCUAAAUUCCUGCUGGACUAUGACGUGAUUCUGGUCACCGUGAAUUAUAGACUGGGACCACUGGGAUUCUUGAGUACGGAGGAUACGGUAUGCCCUGGGAACAAUGGACUGAAGGACCAAGCGCAAUCCAUUCGAUGGGUGAACGAGAACAUCGCCAAUUUUGGCGGCAAUCCGAAUCGAGUGACGAUCUUCGGCGAGAGCGCUGGAGGCGUCAGCGUCCAUUACCAUAUGAUGAGCAAUUUGACGAAAGGUAUGUUCCAACAAGCGAUCUCGCAAAGCGGCAACGCUUACUGUCCGUGGGCUCUGAUGAGACCAGGCAAAGCGAAGGAGAAUGCUGCCAAGAUGGCAGACCUUUUGGAUUGUCCUUCGACUAAUUCGAAGAAAAUGGUCGAAUGUCUGCGCACGAAGGAUGCUGUCGACAUCAUCGCCACCGAUCGUGCUUUUCCGGUGUUCAACUACUGUCCAAUGAUACCGUUCAGACCUGUGAUCGAGCCUGUCCAUCCUGGCGCUCUUUUAACGGAAGAUCCUGCAGUUGCAUCGAGGAACGGUCGAUUGAUGGACAUACCAUGGAUGACAGGAGUUACAUCCGAAGAAGGAGCCCUUGUUGUGCCAGGACUGUAUACAAGAGAGGAUGGGAAUUUGAUUAAGAAGCUGAACGAAGACUUCCUAGACGUUGCACCUGUGACACUGAUCUUCGAUCAGACGUGCCCUAAGAAGGAAAUAAAACGCGUGUCUGCCGAAAUACGAAAGUUCUACUUCGGCGAGGCCCCGAUCGACAAUUCCACGCGACUCAAUCUCGUAAAUAUGUACAGCGAUGCUUGGUUCAUCCAUGCGGCUCAAAAGUCGGUGCUCGAUUAUCUGAAUAAGCAGUCCUCCCCAGUGUAUUAUUACUUCUUAUCCUAUCGGGGUAGCGCAUCCUUCAGCAUGAUAUUCGGCGAUCCUGACAAUAAUUACGGCGUAUCGCACGCAGACGAACUCCAGUACUUGUUCCCGGUUGGCGAGCAACUGUUCUCGCAUAUACAGCUCACCAAGAGAGAUCAAGAAAUGAUCGACGCCAUAACGAGUUUAUGGUUCAAUUUCGCCAAUACCGGCAAUCCCACGCCAGAAGUAUCGAAGCAAGUGCCGAUCAAGUGGAAGCCAGUUAGAACAAAGAGCCUCGAGUACCUCAAUAUAGGCCAAAAGAAUAUGAAAAUGGCGGAUAACCUUCUUCCAGACAGAGUCAGUUUCUGGGAUCAGUUGCCGAUACGACCGGAUUUGGACGACGCCGAUAGUCGGCAACAAAAAGACGAAUUGUAGAGAAUCUACUUAAAAAUUGUCGUAUACGACGUACCUACGUGUCAUCGAAAAUCAUAAAACUUAACGAAUGGCCGGCGUGAAACGACGUAAAUUGUAUCUCCGGCCUUGACCAUUGCAUCUUCAGUUUCAAACAUCCAGAAACAUGAUUCGUAGUCUGUGGACUCGAAACGAACGCAUCAAACCAUUGGUAGUUUACAAUUUUUUUAAGCUCGCGAUCAAUUAAAAGUAUAACAAUUUUGUACAUUAAACUAUUCAUUUUCACUCGGAAUAAAUAGGAAUAAAGGAACUUAAUCAUAAAUCAAUCAAAUUAAACACGAACAAAAUUGACUCUACAUAUUUUGUGGUCAUAAAUUCCCUUUCACUUUGGAUAGACGUCUUCCAACGAGUUGGAACUAUUUUAGAUAGAAAUAAAUUGUCCAUUCGAUCACAAAUGUAAAAAAUUGAACCAGUUAAUAAUUGUACGGUUUAAUAUCGAUAUAAGUGUGUAUAAAGUAUGUAUAUAAUAAUGUUCCGAAUAAAAGACAAACAAAAGCGA